AAUCAAUGUCUCUGAGAAAUCUCAAAUGAAAGUAACAGUUCUGAAAUGUUGUUUGAUGCAAUGAUUGAAUGGAGGAACAAAAAUAUGCUAGGAGUGAUAUUUGUUCUGUUCUUGGGUCAACUUGUUUCAACUAAUCUUGCUGUUAAUAGUUUCACUUCAUCUCUAUUAGCUAAUCACAGUGUGAAUGCACCUCUAACUCAAGUUCUACUAUGUUAUACUUUACUUGCACUUGUUUACACUCCAAUUGUAUUAUAUCGACGACAAAAAUUGGCGGUACCUUGGUAUUGGUAUCUUCUCUUAGGGUUUAUUGAUGUUCAAGGGAAUUUGUGUGUUGUUAAGGCAUAUCGAUACUCAUCAAUUACUAGUGUGAUGCUAUUGGAUUGUUGGACAACACCAUGGGCCAUGAUCCUUACAUGGAUAUUCAUAGGGACUCGAUAUUCUAUCUGUCAGUUCUUUGGUGCAGCCAUUUGCAUGGCAGGACUUUGUUUAGUCGUCUUUUCUGAUUCGGUGGGCGGUGCCUCGGGUGGAAAACAUCCUCUUCUUGGAGAUGGACUUGUGAUUGCAGGACUUGGAAUGGAAUAUUGCGUUAAGAAGAAAGACCUAGUUGAAGUUCUUUCGAUGCUUGGUAUUUUUGGAAUGCUCGUGAGCAUUUGUCAAAUAUGUCUAAUGGAGAAGAAUAAUCUGGAAGCGAUUAGGUGGUCUCCUGAAAUUAUAUCACUCUUUGGCAGCUUCAUGGUCUCAGCUUUUGUUUUCUAUUCAACUAUUCCUUAUGUCUUGAAGUUGGGUGGAGCAGUGUUGUUCAAUCUCUCACUUUUGACAUCUGAUGUGUGGGGAGUGAUGAUUCGCGUCUUCGUUUUCCACCAAAAUAUACAAUGGUUAUACUAUGUUUCCUUUAUCACCGUAGGAGUUGGACUCGUCAUUUAUUCAACAAAUGAUCAAAAUUCUAUUACCACAACAAAUGUCGAGAACGAGAACCAGAAUGAGAAUGACAAUAGUCAAUACCAACUACUCGAUGAAGAAAACAAGGGUGUCAGAGGCCAGACGGCGAUAACCUAAAAAAGGCAUCAGAAGCCAGACGGCGAUAACCUAAAAAGGGCGUCAUAAACUAAAAAGCGCAUACUCAUUUUUCUGCAGGAAGCACAUUCAUUCGAACUGUCAGAGUAUGCAUAAAGUUUCUUCCAAGAUGAGAAAUGGUGAAGAAAAUUUUAGUGUCUGAUUUUUAGAGCCUCCCGUUGCAUUAAGAAGAAGACGCAAAAUCUUUCUAAAAGGUGGUGCAAGCCACAUUC